CACCAUGUCAUGGAGUGUAACAAAGUUUUAGCAGACCACAACAUUUCAGUAUUACCUUGGCCCGGCAAUUCUCCAGAUAUGAACCCCAUAGAAAACUUAUGGGAAAUUACCAAGGCAGAAUUUGCCAAGGAAAUGAUAACCACCAAGGUAAAAUUAAUUGAAAAGUUAAUAAAUGUCUGGCAUCACAACCCCAGAAUAAAAGAAAGUGCAAAAAAAGCAUAGAAAGUAUGCCGAGACGAAUUGAGACACUUAUAGAGGUAGAAUCCAAAGGAAAUGUGACGAAAUAUUAACAAUUUCUCAGAACCAUGUUUUUCUAGGUACAAAUAUUUUUAAGUGUUUUAAUAUUAUCAUUAUUUAUUGUUAAAUUACUUUUAAGAUAUGUAUCUAAUAUUAAUAAAUACAAUUAUAACUUAAAACAGCGUUUUUAAUUAGUUAUGGACCAGUAUAGUUCAAAAUACAAAUAUUUUGUGACUGUCCCUAUUAAUUUGGCAACCGACUGUAUAAUAACAAACAAUAUCGUAAACACAAGGUUUAUAAAAACGGUAAUGCCUUGUGGCGGUGUAAUAAAAGAGUGUAAUGGCUUAGGCCUCCUACGCACUGGCGACCAUGGUCGCCGCGACCUGGCCGCGGCGGCCAGUGAAUUCUGGACUUUUAUAGCAAUCGCUAUAUAGCCCCUACGCACUUAGCGGCCAGCGACCAGCGGCCACCGUUGGCCGCGGCGUCCAAUUUGAUGCCACGCGACCAGCGACCAAUCGUGGCCGUCGAGAACAUCACUUCUGUAUUAAAAUUCAUCAGUGCUACCGCAUCGGCCGCGGCGACCAGACGUGUAGCUAGCUACAGAGUGAUUAUUUUACAAUGGCCAAUUUCGACACGGAAAGGUUCAUAAUUGAAAAUAGAAGAGGUUUAUGGGAUUUAGAAUCAAAUGAUUACUCCAAUAAAGAUGUUAAGCGGCAGUUAUGGCUUGAACUGGUCGAUAUAUUUGGCGGUGAAUCCAUGGAAGAUAAAGAAAAGGCAGAACUUGGCAUUACUCUCCAAAAAAGAUGGAAAAACCUUAGAGACUGUUUCACAAGAGAGCUGCGCCGUCUUAAAGAUGUCAAAAGUGGUUCUGCUGCAAAACGUAAAUCACAAUACACCUAUUUCAACCAAUUACUGUUUUUGAAAUCAGUGCUGGACACAAACGCAACAGAAAAUAGUCUCGAAGAGGCAAGUCAAGAAAAUAAAAGUGCAAGAUCUUCUGAUCUUGAGACUCAACAGUCUGCAUCAAAGUCGAUUAGAACAAAAAGGAAGAAAAAAAUACCAAACGAAGAAUCCGAUACAGACCCUCUAAUUUCAGAUCUGCAUAAGACCAUAGCGACUACACAGAAUGAUUCAAAUUGUGACAGACUGUUUCUUUUAUCCCUCCUCGAAAGAUUUCAAACAAUCCCUGCUGCAAUGAAAACCAAAGCGAAAAUGGAAAUCAUGGAAAUUAUAGAAAAAUACCAACCGAACUGUACACCUACAACAGCGCGCAUAAACUAUUCAAGUAAUUUCAAUACUCUAAACGACCAAGAAUAUGACCCUAAUCGACCGAGUUAUUCAGGUUAUUCUACUACCAACAGGAUAUCAGAUGAUUCAAAUUACAGCGAUAAUCAUACUCAUUAUUCUGAUAUUUCUCAAAAUUCAGAAAUGAUAGACCUAUUUCCCAAUUUCAAUGAUUAAUUAUUCACAAUUGCCAUUUUUUAAGUUAUGAAAAUACGAAUAAUUUGAUUAUCUACUUCAGUUUUUUAAUAUUUAAAAACAUGUUAUAAGCAAGCCCUUUUCCUCUCCUUUUCAAAGUCGUAAAAUAGAAUACUACUGAACAAUAGUUCAUAAAUUUUUUAAAGUGGCAAAACCUUGGUCAAUGUUUUUUACAGGUUGUUGUGAAAAACACAACAGUGGUGGUUUAGGGCGAUUCAGAAACGAGUCUUGUAUAAUUCAAAUUUACAAAAAAAUCCAUUUAGCAGUUUAAGUAAAAAAAAGGCCCUAUCACAUUAUUUUUAUUUUUCCUGUACACAAUACUCCAUUCCGAAACACCCUUUAAAAUAUAUCACGUAUUUUUUAAACAUUCUGUAUUUAAAAAAGAAAAAGCUUACCUUAUUGUUAUUACUA